UGCGUGGCCAGAGCGGAAUUGAAAGGAAACUGACCGGCCCAGUGGGCGGAGGUUGAGGGUGUGGGAUUCUGCAUUUGGGGUCCCGAUCCUCACGGGGUGUGUGUGAGUGUAUGUGUGUGUGUGGCCCAUUUAACUAAUUUGCAUCCAGACAGGGCCCACCCAUGAGGUGGGUGUAGGCUGGUCAGUAUCUCGGUUAAGCUGGUAACUCAGCUGGUUCUCCACCUGGCAACUGAAGGGUUAGUUUGUCCACGGAACACAUCGUUCCCAUUUUCUAGAAAGUGAGUACUGAGGCCCCAGGGAUGGAAGUCUGUGAAUCUCCUGGCCCUGCCAUUGACCAAAGCGAUGGGCACUUUAGUUUUUCUAGUGGGAAAGGGGUUUGGACAUUUUUUCCUGAAACCUGGGCAGGAAAUCCUUGGCUUGGAGACUGACAGGAUAAAGGACUCUCAGGCUUGGUCACCAGGGAGAAUGGAUAAUACCUGCUUUUGCUGUCUUGGACACACCCUAUGUGACCUUUCUCAAACCAGUUUCUUAUCAGGUCACACCUUGACUCCCAAACCUCCAAGGACUCCCCUAUGCUGGCUGAAAAAAACUGCCCUGCUCCCAGGGCAGGGGUGAUGGCCCUGACUGUUAUCAGACCAGCCUGGAUUUGCUCCCUUUUCCUGCCAAUCGCAAGCCUGCACCCAGUCAAUGAUUUGGCAUCGUCCAGCUUCAGUUUCCUCUUCGGGAAAAUGGGGCUUGUGCAGGAUCCUUUCUUGCAAGGAGCUGACAGUUGAGCUGCAGAGACAGGAAGAGCCUCACAAGAAAAAGGACAAUCCCAAUCACCCCUGUACGCCAGGAUAAUGCAGACUCCACUGACCACUACUGUGCCCGUGCUCCGGCUCCCCCGGGGCCCUGAUGGCUUGAGCCGAGGCUUUGCCCCCGACGGACGCAGAGCCCUCCUGAAACCGGUGGUUCCUGAAAUCCCGGAGUCUCAAGAAUCUCGGGAAUCCCAGGAACAGCGGGCCCGAGCCGCCCUUCGGGAGCGCUACCUCCGCAGCCUGCUGGCCAUGGUGGGGCGCCAGGUGAGCUUCACGUUGCACGAGGGUGUGCAUGUGACCGCCCACUUCGGAGCCACUGACCUGGACGUGGCCAACUUCUACGUGUCGCAGCUGCAGACUCCGAUAGGCGUGCAGGCUGAGGCGCUGCUCCGGUGUAGUGACAUUAUCUCAUACACCUUCAAACCGUAAAGAUGUGAUCGUGUUCAUCUUUCUUCCUUGGGCGUAGCCACAGCCUCCCAGGCCUCCAUAUUCUCCUGAGCUUGGACCUCUGGGCCCCAGAGAGUUCGGAACACCCUUGGAAUUUUGAGCCAAGCUUCAAGCAACUCUGGCUUCUUGGGACAGUAAAAUUCUGCGGCCCCAGGAGUUCUAGAUCCUCUUGAAAGGAAGGCUGUACCUCACAGAACUCUAAACUGUACAGAUACAUGGGCCUCAUGCCCAUUCCUGAAGAUUCCGGGUGGAGAAAGGGAAUAAAGGAAGGCAAAUUGUCUAGUGGGAAAUUGUCUGUUGAAGAGGCUGCAAAGUUCAGCCGCCCUGGAAAUACUCCCCUCCUGCCAAAGUACCAGUUAUCCCAGGAAAAUUUGCCUCCUUUUUUUUUUUUUUUUUUUAAUGUACCCUAUAGGGAUUGAGCCAGACUUAGGGAGUAGCGGGGUGGCUAUCCACGGGCUGAAUCCCAUGGAGCUGGGCCAGGAAGGGGACACGUCAAGGGAGUGGGAGGAACUCCGAUAAAAUUGUGGUGAUUGGACCUCCCGCUAGUCUCUGGGAACGCUGGAGCGACCUGGAUGCCAGACUUGGGAGAUUUAGACUUGAUUUCUUUUUCGGGUGGUCUAGGAUGUCCAUAACGAGUUGCGCGGCUCGCAUUGGGUCACAUGGUCACGCGCAAGGGCUCCUCCUAUUGCCUGGCCUCUGGGUGGGUAGAGUCGCCUCCCCGCCCAUACGGGGACUGGUUGGGACCUGUCUAACCCUGUGUGGCGGCACCACUGGGAAAAGGCAGAGGAUUAAGGGUUAGGGUGAAACUUUGCCCUUUCUCCAUUUCACCCCAGCUGUGUAGCGUGGCCGUCCGUAUCACUCGCUUUACUUAGCCCCAUUACUAGUAGUCUUUCAGCAGAUUUGUUUUUAUUUAUUUAUUUGGCCGCCGCGGGCGGCAUGCGGGAUCUUAGAUUCCGGGCCAGGGAUCAAACCCUUGCCCCCUGCAGUGGAAGC